AUGUCUAGUAAAGCAACGAAAAGCGACGUAGAUCCAUUACACUCCUUUUUAGCAGGGUCCAUCGCUGGUGCUGCAGAAGCAUGUAUAACAUACCCUUUUGAGUUUGCCAAGACGAGGUUACAAUUGAUCGAUAAGGCGUCCAAGGCGUCAAGAAACCCCUUAGUGUUAAUUUAUAAAACUGCAAAGACACAAGGCAUUGGUUCCAUUUAUGUUGGAUGUCCCGCAUUCAUUGUUGGUAAUACCGCCAAGGCUGGUAUUAGAUUUCUUGGGUUUGACACCAUCAAAGACUUGCUAAGAGAUCGUGAGACAGGUGAGUUAAGCGGUACAAGAGGUGUGAUUGCUGGGUUAGGUGCAGGGCUAUUAGAAAGUGUUGCUGCAGUAACACCCUUUGAAGCAAUUAAAACCGCCUUAAUUGAUGAUAAGCAAUCUCCUAAACCAAAAUAUCAUAAUAAUGGGCGUGGCGUGAUACGAAAUUAUUCAUCAUUGGUUCGUGAUAAAGGGCUUUCCGGCCUUUAUCGUGGUGUUUUACCUGUUUCUAUGAGGCAGGCUGCAAACCAAGCUGUUAGAUUAGGUUGUUACAAUAAGAUUAAAACAUUGAUUCAAGAUUAUACAGAUUCACCAAAAGACAAACCUUUAUCAUCCGGCUUAACUUUCGUGGUGGGUGCAUUCAGUGGUAUAGUUACUGUCUACUCCACCAUGCCACUUGAUACUGUUAAAACAAGAAUGCAAAGUUUAGACUCCACCAAAUAUUCCUCUACAGUAAAUUGUUUUGCGACCAUUUUUAAAGAGGAAGGAUUAAAGACAUUCUGGAAAGGUGCCACGCCAAGAUUGGGUAGGUUAGUCUUGAGUGGUGGUAUUGUUUUCACGAUCUACGAAAAAGUGUUAGUUAUGCUAGCUUAA